ACCCAAGCCUCAGCCUUAAUCUUUGCCCACAGGCCACGGACGACCAACAACAGGGUGGCGGCGUGGUAUCAUCUCCCGGUCGCGAACGGGCACUCCAGUUCUACGCCCUCGACUCAAGUCCAGGCGCCGGCCGUGCAACAAACACAGCGGUGCAGCUGUUUUAGUGUCCUUCUUGCGUGUCACUGAGUUCAUCUUGUCGUAACCCGUGCAAAGUCGCACGUCAUCACCAUGGCUGAAUCCCCCAUCGUCGUGCUAGUCACUACGAGAGAGCCUCUAGCACAACACGGCGGGAAAGGAGAGACAGGCAUGCUGGUUCUGGAAGACCAGAAAAUGCGCCAGGGGCGCGCUCAGCCACAAUCCGUCAAAGCAGAACUCGAGCCCAUCCCAACCAACCGGCUUUCGACGGCGCACCACGGCGCACCACGGCGCGUCCACAACUACGCUCAUGCGAGAGAGGGCGACAAUAAAACGGCAGCGUUGGUCGGGGACAACUCGCAUGCAGGGCACAAUUUCCUUUUCGUAUCAGACCCAGGAGGCCCGUUCCUUGCCAAAACCGCUAAUCCCCCCAAUGCCCCCAAUGCCCCCCCCGACUCGCCAAGUUGGACCCCUAAAAGAGAAGGGCGCGACCUGAGGGAGGGGCUAGCCGUCACCACAAGACGGAGAUUUGCGAGAGCGAGUCUUGAUACGCUAUCAACCGCCCCCCCUCCACCACCACCAGCCGACUUGCCCGAUGCCAGCGGGUCUAGCAUGCCGAGAUUCCCACUGAAGACAUCCCCCAGCUCUAAGGAUGCAUCGCUACGAGCCGGCCACUCACAGGGGCCCAGCAGCGGGGCAUCCGGCCAGUACACUGCGGCCUAUGAUUUGUCCAGCCAGACGCGAGCCCACCACCCGAGGCACUCAACGUCCAGGGACCCAGUACCCUGGAGUCCAGGAUCCAUCUAA